AUGAAUUUGAGAGAUGGUCAAACAGAAAAGAUAGAAAAGGACUUUUCACGAUUGUUGGAGAGGUAUAAUCGUUCGAAAUAAGUCAUCGAUUAAUUGUAUUAAUCAGGCGGGAAGAAUGAUACUACAAUACGUUCUGACAAAAAUUACAAGGACGACAAAGAAAAGGAGUACGUAUCAAGAGACAAGUAUAACAAAAUGAGAAGUUUAAAUAAAGAGCUUAAAGUAUAAAAUUGAAUUAAUAAUUAAAAUAGAUAACUCUUAAGGAAUAUAUUGAUCAAACAAAGGAACUGGAAUCCACAAUCAGAGGCAAAGAUGAUCUUAUCGAAAAGUACGAGAAGGAACUAAGGGAAUAAUAGGAGAAUCUGUAUAAUCAAUUGCAAGAAUAGAAAGAAUAGAUUUUGAAAGAAGAUUAAUAAACACGAACUGCUGAAGAACUAAGAGCCUAAUUAACGUAAGCCAAAUAGAAAUUGACCAAAAAGAAAGCAAAAAUUCAACUACUAAAAGAAUCUCAAAAAAAGAUUGAUGUAAAAUUACAUUUGAUGUUGUGUUUAGAGUAAGUUCGAAGAUUAGAAGCUAGGAUUCCAAUAAGAAUUAGACAGAGUGUAGAAAUUGUGUGAAGACUUCUCAAAUGAAAUGUAAGAUUAAUUGAUUAAUGAUUCAUUAGUAAAGAUUCAGAAAAGAGACUAAUGUGUUUGAGUGAUGAAAACGAGCAUUUUAAAUAGUUGCUAGAUUAGAAGGAGGAAGAUAGAAGAUAUUUAGAAAUGAUGAUUUAAGAAGAGAGGGAAAACACAAAUAAAUUAAGAGCUAAAAUUUAGGAAUUUGUAGAUGAGAAAAAGAUUUUGUAAAUUACAAUAGAAAAUUAAGGGAAGAGAGUUUAAGAUCUAGAGGAACAAUUACGAUAAGCUGACACAAGAUAUCAAAUGUUGUAGGGGAAAUUAGAUUAAGAGAAACAAGGAUUAAACAGUGAAUUACAAGAGACAUUGCAGAAAAAGAAAUAAAAAUCCAAAUAGAUGCAAUCCUAUAUUUAGUAAUUGGAAUAGAAAUUAUAAGAAAAAUCUAAAGAAGAUAUUAUAGUUAAUAAACAAAUCUAAGACUUACAAGGUGAAUAAAUGAAGUUGUAUUCUUAACUUGAAGAUUAGAAGUACAAAACAGAUUAAGCACUCAAUGAGGCUUAAUUUAAUGUUCAAGAAGUAAGAGAUCUCAAAGGAGAAAUAGAGAAAUAUAGAUAGAGUCUCUAAAUUUAGGAUGAAAAAAUAACAAAAUAUGAUGUUCAAUAUUAGAUCGAUUAGAAAGAGAAAUAAAGAUUGCAUCAUGAAAUCGAGAUUUGCGAAUAAGAGAAUAGGAGAUUAUAGCAUUUAUUAUACGAACAAGAUAGGGAGAUUGAUUACAUGAGACAAUAACAAGAAUAAGUAUCAUUAGUGUGUUUACAAUUUAUAGGAGAUCUUACAUAUUGAGAAGAAGGUUGAUUCUCUGGUUACAGAAGUGCAUGUUGCUAGAGAGGAGGCAAAUGAAUGGAAGCGAAAUGCUUCUGAUUUGAAAAGAUAGUUACAAUAACAAGAAGAACAUACUAAUUAAUUCAAAGCUAAAUAUCUGAAGAGCAAAUAGAAUUCAAAGAAUCUGGAGAAUGAAUAAAAAUUUGUAAUUUAUAUUGCAAUAAUUAAUGAUAGCUUGAGGAAAAGGUGAAAUCUUUGGAAAAUGAAAAAUUGCUUGGGGAGAGGGAAGCCUUGAAGAAUACUGUAGUUUAAUAAAAAUAUGUUCAAUAAAGUAAAAUAAAAGUGCUUGAUGAAAUCUAGAACAUGAUCAAGUAGCAUAAAUAUAGAGAAUGAAUUUUU